GGUACAGAGGAGCUGACAGUGCAGGUCACCCAACUGGUGACCAAAACAUCAAGUCAGGGCUCAUCAUGGGACAGGAAACAGAUGAGCAUCUUCAGCAAAGCACUUUGAAAGGCGGGAGAGAGGGGGGAAGAAGAUGGAUAGAACCAAGAAGACAAGUGAAAAGCAGCAGAGACACAUGUACUGAAGUAGAAAGGCUGAGGGAAGGACAUCUACAAAAGAUUGAUGAAAGUGAUAAGGAGCGGGAGAGGCAUCUGAGACGGUAUCACCAACAGCUGCAACAGUUCAUGCCCUCAUCUGCUUCUUCAUCUGACCAUCUCCUCUCACCCUCUACAUGUCUGUCUUUCUCUUCCUCUAAUCCGGUCUCUCUCUCAUCCUCUGUCCCCCCAUCUUCCUGUUCUUCUCUCCAGCACUCGCCCCUUAAGUAUCAUGGUUUGGAAGAGGUUUGCAGAGCCAGGGUUAAGAUUAGGACUGAUGGUAGCAGAGGGCAGUUAUCUUCCUUCCCCAGAGGAGGGAUUUGCUUGCAAACUGUAACCUCUCCUAGUUACAGUAAUAAUAAGGAUGAGGCUGGUCGUGGCGACUCAGGUGGUAGUGAAGAUUGGAGGGCAUGCUUGGAAGGAACAGAGGCAGGAUUUGGACAAGACAGGGGGAAAGGUGAGAAGAGGAGGUCACUGAAGGUGAGAGUUGAAGGAGAGGUAAGAGGAAGGAGGGAAGACUGGAGGCCAGCUGGGAAGGAAGAAGGGGGAGAGAGGAAGUGGGCUUGGGUGGCAACAGCACACACAGAACAGGCAGACAAGAUGACAGGUGCAAGACCAGCUGAUGUAGAGGCACAAGUGUUUUACGACCGUGAUUCAGAAGUGGGUGAGGAAGGGCCAGAUGCCUCAGCUGUCACAGCUGAUGGAGUGUGGAGUGCUGAGGAGCGAGGAGGAGAUGAUGGAUACGCUUUAGUGUCCUCCCACAGCAACAAUGACAGCAGCAGCCUCUUUGACAACUCUCCUGUUGAGUCACCCCAUCAACGAGCUCCAGCAGAACGACCCCUCUCCCCAGCCUGUGAACAUACCAACACACUCCUGACCCCUAAUAAACUAAGUGAUCUCUCCCUUGAAUUAAAACAUACCAGAUGCACCUCAAACACCCUGUCACCUCUAAUUCAAAAUGCCCAACAGGGAGUACCAUCAAGCAGAGACAGGGAACUACAAUUUGCUGCUAAUGCCAAUAGAAGAGAAUUUUCAAAUGCUCAAUCAGUCACUCUGCCUCUCACUAUUCCCUUCACACAGAAUGGGUGUAAAAUACCUGCUAAGCCCCUUAACAUAUUAUCUGAGAAUCCAGCUCACACUCAGGCACACGACCAUCCAGAUGUUAAAGCCGAAAUGCCUGUUUUAUCUCAAGGAGAGACUUCUACAGAUUCUGUCAGCUGCACCAUGGACCCCCUCAGCAUCUCCUUGCUCCAAGUGGACCAAGAGGUCGCCACAGCCUCGUUCCUCCAAGCGGAACAGAACAACACCUCACUCUGUCCACUUGAGAAUGAAAGGGCAGAAGAUAAGAAAAGGGAAGUGGAAAAAGAAGGCCUCACAUGUGCAGAGAUGGCAGGGAAAGUUGUAGAGGACGAAGACGUAGAAUUUUGCCUGUCUCUUUUGGAGCUGCCACAAGCGAUGACCCACUGCCCUCCCACCUCCCACCACAUGACAGCUACUGAUCACUCUGAGCAAAGAAAGGAUGAGUGUUUUGCCACAUGCGAAUAUUGUGGGAUAGGUAUGAUGAAGCCUCCUAUCCCUGAGAUUAGGCUGGUCUCUCUCCAGGACCAAGAGAACUAUCAGAAACCCCAAACCACACCAGCUAUUGAAGUCAUGGACAACAAAGCCCCUGCAUCACCACUUAAACCCUCUACAUGGGCUUCUAUGGGAAUUUCUGUUAUGCAGUCCGUCUCAUCUUCUGUCCAGCCUUCUGGGAACACAGGCUCACCCAGUCUAAUGACAAAUGGUGCCACCCAAAUACCACUAGAAUAUGCACAUGGUGUGCAUGACAAAAUUGCUUUUUCCAUUUCAACACCACAGUCAGAAAGUGUCCUGGGCCAGGUGAACACAUUGCAAAAGCGUUGUCACACAGUACAUUCAAACCAUUCCAGCAUCUCACCCCAACCGAACAAUUCAACAGAAUCAAACUGUGAAGAGAGCACCGGCAAUCUGCAACUUAGAAACAUAACUAAUCUGUCUAUGCUCGAAGACUUGUAUCACAGCCAGUGGCGUGUUGUGCAGGCCCAUUGGGAGCAGCUAGAGGAGAUGGAAACUUUAUGUCGUAAAGAGGGUGUGCUUCUGUGCCAGCAACCUGAUAUGGCAUUUGGGGAGUAUGUCCACAAACUGGGGGAGAUCAUGGAGAGAAAGGCUCGGUGUGUCCAUAGCAUGAUAGCUCAGCUUCAGCCUUAUCUUAAGACUAGUCAUUGUAACCAACCACACAACCCAGGAGAGGAUAAUCAUGAUAAAAUUACAUGAAUAAACGUUAGAGUUAUUGCGCACUUUUUAAAAUUUUCAAAUGCAACCUAUACAAUGACAAAAUGCCAGUUUUGUAAAGCUGUUUAUGAGUGCACUAUAUACUAAUACAGUAUGGGUCAAUGUUAGUAUUAUUUAUUUUCAGAAAUGUUCAAGUGGCUUUAAGAGUUCACUGUGCAUUGGAAAAUAGAACUUGAUGUGUGUGACAUCGAGAGAUGUGUUACGUGUGUGUGUGUGUGUGUGUGUGUGUGUGUGUUUGCGUGCAGGUGUGCGAUUGUUGUUUUUCCAUCAUACAUCCUCAAUACUGUAUACAUGCUGAUUCACAUGCAAAUAGAAUACGAGGGAAUUCAUACAUAUUUACUUCAUAAUUUUUGAUUUAUCUGUGGAAACUUUGAUGACUGGUAUUUAGAAAUUGAGUUUUUCUGCUAUUUAUCUACUAUGUAUCUUUUAAUUUAAAAUAAUCCAGAGGGUUUGUAUUUUGUACCCCUUUGAGUCCAGUCUUGGGAGUUUCUCCUUGUAUCAGACUGAUAAUUUUUUCUCAGCUUUGGUUUUUCUUGUUCUUUUUCUUUGUCUUAAAAAUCUAAAACUCUGACUCUUGAACUAUAAUACAUCGAACCAAAGAUGCGCAACUAAUAUUUUGCUAACUUGGGCUCACAUUGUCUACUGAGCUGUUUACUGGGCAGUUGGCUUGGCAACUGUUUUCUACUGCUAUGUUUGUUUGUUUGUUUUGUAAAAGUUGUUUUAUUCUAAUAAGAGAUUGUGAUACUUGUAAGGAAAUGAGACUAGUGUAUUUUGGGUUUUCACUUGAGGGGUUGAGGCAACUUGAUUUUUUAAAGACAGAUCUAUGGGUUUAAUAUUAAAUGAAAUUUGAUGAUCGAA